AUGAGCUCACGGUUCAAAUCGUUCACUUUUGGAACGAAGCGGAACAAGCAUAGUGCCCAGCCUGCGCCAGUUCAACAACAACAACCACCACCUAACGCAUCGAGCAAUACACUCGUCGCCCCGCCUUCGAACGCCACCUCACCUAGUUCCCCACCUUCUCACCAUAGUUCGUCCACGACGAGUCUUCCGAUGAACAACCAAAACCCUCUGGGGCGACCCCCCAGCUAUACAUACCAGCGGCCGACCAGCCCGAUGCCCCCAGGCCAGCAGUUGAGUCAUCACCCCGCACCGUUGAACACCAACUUGCACUAUACGCAACAGACCGUCCAACCUUUGGGUGCUCCUCCGGGGUAUGGUUUGCAACAGCCGGUCGCAGCUCAUGGAAUGGGCCAGGGAAUGCCCCAGCCCCAAUACGGGGUGCGGAAUCCCGCGGUUGAGGUCGAAGGUGCCGGUCGGAGUAAGGCCCAGCUGAUUGUCGGCAUUGACUUUGGCACCACAUUCUCCGGUGUCGCAUUUGCUUUCGCGACCAACAAUGAAGCAAGAGAGGACAUCAUUACGGAAUGGCCUGGAGCAGGAACUCAUACCAAACAGAAGAUCCCCACCGUCCUAUACUACGAUCAGUACCAGAAAGUGGUGGGAUGGGGCCCGGAUAUUGCUGAUGCGCUGGCUCCCACGGGCUAUCCGAAGCAGGGAGUGCAGAAGGUCGAAUGGUUCAAGCUCCAGCUUAUGCUGUCCGGAAACACAUACAUCGAUCCGAUUAAUCUGCCGCCCCUCCCGCCCGGUAAGUCAGAAAUCGAUGUGGCCGCCGAUUACCUCUUCAAGCUACGACAGGCGAUGCGCGCUCAGCUACAGAAGACCCUCGGUGAGGUGUUUACUCGGGAAGAGCGCAACAUCCGGUACUACCUCACAGUGCCAGCUAUCUGGAACGAUGCGGGCAAGGCAGCGACACGAGCGGCGGCUUUACAAGCUGGGUUCUUGCGGGACGAGAACGAUAAUCGCCUAACGUUGAUCUCCGAGCCGGAGGCUGCCGCUCUGUUCUGUGCAAAGACCGGGUUGCUCAAUCUGAAGGUCGGCGAUGCAAUCCUGAUUGUGGAUUGUGGUGGUGGAACUGUGGAUUUGAUCGCCUACGAGGUUGAGGAGGAACAGCCAUUCAGUGUCGCCGAAUGUACAGCUGGAUCGGGUGACUCAUGCGGCUCAACGGCUCUCAAUCGGAACUUCAGCAACAUCCUUCGUGCGAAAAUCCGUAAGAUGAAGCUCCCUGACGGGUCCCGCACGGCAGGUAAGGUGUAUGCGAAGUGUAUUAUGGACUUUGAGAACCGGAUUAAGGCCGAUUUCCGAAACAAUGGACAGAAGUGGGCUGUAGAUGUCGGCAUUGAGGCCGACUUCCCAGAUGCCGGCAUCGAGGAGGGCUAUAUGACGUUUACCAACGAAGAGAUCCUUCAAUGCUUUGAGCCCGUCGUCAACCGUAUUCUGGAGUUGGUCAGAAACCAGAUCAUCGCUAUCCAAGCGCAGAACCGGUCUCUACAGAACGUCCUUGUGGUGGGUGGGUUCGGCGCAUCUGAGUAUCUCUUCCAACAGAUCAAACUCCAUGUACCGCCCCAAUAUCAAUCAAAGGUUGUCCGUCCGAUGGACUCUGUCGCUGCGAUCGUUAAGGGCGCUGUCACUGCUGGAAUCACGGAACGUGUGAUCACACACCGUGUUGCUCGCCGACACUACCUUAUGGCCACAUUGCAGCCCUUCAAAGAAGGAUAUCACCCGGAACAAUAUCGUGUUCCUAGUUUAGACGGCAGAGAUCGCUGCAAGUACACGCGACAGAUCUUUGUGCAAAAGGGUGAGAGAGUGAAGAUUGGGGAGCCGGUCAAGGUUAGCUUUUUCCGACAGGUUGCGCCGGGAGCAACCCUGAUGUAUGAGGAUAUUCUGUACGCCUGCGACGAGGAUGUCUGCCCUGAAUACACGAAAGACCCCCGGAUCAAGGAGGUCGUGACACUUACUUCGGAUCUCUCGCGCAAGAACCUGGAAACCGAUUUCGAGCGCAUGGAUACCCCUCAGGGAGUCUUCUACCGUGUAUACUUCGACAUCUACCUCACACUCGAUGGCAGUGAAUUCAGCGCCGAACUCGUCUGCCAGGGCGAGGUUAUGGGCCGAUGCCGAGCCAAAUUCCGGUAA